AUACAGCCGGGGCGGGAAUUGUGAGCUGGCGGCGGCUUCCGCCCGGUCCGGAGAGCGAGCGGCCCUUCAGUCCCCGGUCCCGUCCUCCUCGUCCACCAGUUGAUCAAAGUUCGGCAGGGCCGAGGCGGGGAGCGGCCCAACCGCCGGCCGGGGCUGCCCGGACAGCGCUGCUCCGUCCUCGCUCCCUCCGGCGGCGUGUAGUGAAGUAGGAAGGAGCGGACACCUCCCGCCUCUCCCUGCUCGCCCUCUCCUCCCCGCGGCUGGGGCUCUGGAUAGGAGGAGCCGGAGGAAGAGGAAGAUGACGGAGUGGGUGCAAUUAGCCUAACAAGGGACGGGCGGCGGAGGCGGCGGCGUCCCCGCGCCGAGGACUGACACAUCUGCUCUCUCUCCUUCUCCAGCCAUGAAGGCAGCAGCCGGGGAGCGUAGCUGAAGUCCAGGGUCGUUCCGGUGCUCUUCCCUAUGGCAACCGCGUGAAGGGGCCGACCCGUCCCCCGGCGGCGGGGCUGGGCUGGCCGAGCCUCGCCUGGUGUGCGCCAGUGGCUCUGGCGUUGGUUCCCUCCUCCCGUCCCUUCCCUUCCCCGAUGUGGGCUCCAGUGGAUUUGCGCCUCCUUUGUAACCGGGAAUGAAAUAAUGGCGACCCGGUGGGCAGCGGGGCCACCCGACGGAGAUGGAGACAAUGAGCCCCCCCCGGGCGGCGGCAGCGGGGUCGGCGGCCAGGCAUCAAAAAAUAAAGAUGGAAAAGACCAGAGUGAAGCUAUAUCACCAUCGGAGGAGGAAGAAACUUUCUCUUGGCCUGGUCCUAAAACUGUUGUGCUAAGGAGGACAUCUCAGGGUUUUGGCUUCACCUUAAGACACUUCAUAGUUUACCCUCCAGAAUCUGCAGUUCAGUUUUCUUUUAAAGAUGAAGAGAAUGGGAAUAGACAAGGAAAACAAAGAAAUAGACUGGAGCCAAUGGAUACCAUAUUUGUUAAACAAGUUAAAGAGGGUGGACCUGCUUUUGAAGCUGGGCUGUGCACAGGUGACAGAAUUAUAAAAGUCAAUGGAGAAAGUGUUAUUGGGAAGACAUAUUCUCAAGUCAUUGCUUUAAUACAGAACAGUGACAGCGUAUUGGAACUUAGCGUUAUGCCAAAAGAUGAGGACAUCCUUCAACUGGCGUAUUCCCAAGAUGCCUACCUGAAAGGCAACGAAGCCUACAGUGGUAAUGCCCACAACAUACCAGAACCACCACCAAUAUGUUAUCCACGCCUGACAUCCACAGCCUCUGUUAAGGCACAAGCUGGAGACAAGCUCCCUUCUGACUUCUCGCUGGGGAAACAGCAAGUCAGUAGACCAGUCCGGGCAUUGACACAGCCAGAGAGGGCCUACAGAAUGGAAAUACAAGUGCCUCCAUCUCCAACAGACAUUGCAAAAUCAAAUACAGCCGUGUGUGUUUGCAAUGAAACUGUAAGGACUGUUAUUGUGCCUUCUGAGAAGGCUGUAGAUUUGCCAUCUUGCAGAAAUAAUCAUGCUGGUCCAUCACACAGGACAGAGGAAGUAAGAUACGGCGUAAAAGAUCAAACCAGUCUAAAAGCAUGGACCACCACAUCACCACCAUCUUUAGUGUCCACUGCCAUUGUACUUCCCCAGACUCCAAUAACAAGACCAGUUGAUACAACUGUAACAGUAAGCAAAGCUUCAAAUUAUGUAGUAUGUCCAGAAGGCAUCCCAAACACUAGACCUUCUACUCAAGCCACAGACUCACCCUCAGUCUCUGCUAAUCACUACAGUUCUCCAACCUCCCACCAGCAUAUAGACUGGAAGACCUACAAAACUUACAAGGAGUACAUUGAUAACAGGCGCAUGCACAUGUAUGGCUCCAGAACAAUACAGGAAAGGUUAGAUAGCUUAAGGGCAGCUUCUCAGAACACAACUGAGUAUAAUCAGGUGGUGCCAAAUCGCACUGCUUCUCAGGUACGGCGCAGGAGCACCUCUCAUGACAGGGUUCCACAGUCUGUCCAGAUCCGGCAGAGAAGCGUAUCCCAGGAAAGGCUUGAAGAUCCCGUGUUGAUGAAAGAAUGGCCCCGAAGUGCUUCACAAGAUACUCUAACUUCACCUUCAGUCAAUGCUAGAAAUCACAGGGCUCGGUCGUGGGAUUAUCUCAGCAAACAGGGUGAAGUGCUAGAAAAUUUUCAUUCUGAGAAUAUGAUUGGAGAUGCAAAUGGAGAUAGGAGAAAGACUUACAAAUGGACAGGGUUUACUGAACAAGAUGAUCGGCGAGGUAUUUAUGACAGAUCUAGACAACAUGCAUUUCAUAUGUCCCUUCGAGGUCAAAACUUCCCUAUUGCUCCGAAUACUUAUAUUUCAGACAACAGGAGAACUGGUAGUAGAGCUUCUCUGCCUGGUUCUCACUUUCAGAAAGUUUCACCAGAUAUUAAAGUCUUACAGCCUUCUCGCGAUUCGCAAACUCCUGGGGGAGUUUCAAAAUCUGCAGGUGUUUCACAAGAAAGGUUGUGUCUCACACCAGCCAGAAGUUCUAAAAGUAGCUCUCUGAAGAACUCGGCUCCCUAUGCAGCAAAACCAUCGAUUCCCCUUAACCAGGGCCUGGAUGCUAUUGCCAGCAAAGACCAAAGAACAGUAAAUCAUUUGCAUCAAAGCAGUCUGUUAAACCAACAGUCAAGGAUCCGAGCCGAAGGUGCUCCAGAUCACAAAACAGAAUCUGGUAAAACCAUCCAGACCUCCUCUCUGGCUCCAGCUUCUGCCAAACUUGUUCAGCCAACAAGUGAGUGUUUAACUACCUCUGACAAUGUAGAUGGUUCCAUCAGACAAAAGAUUCAUGGUAUUGAAAGGGAAGAUGUUCGUGAGUCUGAAAGUCUGCAAAUGGAUGUUCAGGGAAAUGACAAAGACACAGUGGUCAUGCGGGACAAAUCACCUUCUGGCCACCAAACUCCCCAGCCUUUGAGGCAUCAGUCCUACAUUCUUGCUGUAAAUGACCAAGAGGCAGCCUCGGACACUACCUGUUGGUUACCUAAUGAUGCUCGGAGAGAAGUCCACAUAAAAAGAAUAGAAGAAAGGAAAGCAUCGAGUUCCAGCCCACCUGGUGACUCUUUGGCUUCAAUUCCGUUUAUUGAUGAACCGACUAGUCCUAGUAUUGACCAUGAUAUUGCACACAUUCCUGCUUCUGCUGUUAUUUCUGCAUCUGCUUCUCAAGCACCAGCUAUAACAGCUGUUCCUCCCAGUCCUACAUCUCCAAUCCCUUUAAUUCGGCGACAACUUUCACAUGAUCAUGAAUCCAUCCGGCCUAGUGUCCUGGAUAGCCAGCCUGCGGCAAAAACUGAGAGAUCAAAGUCAUAUGAUGAAGGACUGGACGACUACAGAGAAGAGGGAAAAUCAUCCAUUAAACAUGUAUCUAGUUUAAAGGGGAUUAAGGUCCCAGACAGUCAGAAAUCUUCAGAAGACUCUGGUUCCCGAAAAGAUUCUUCUUCAGAGGUGUUUGGUGAUGCCUCCAAGGAAGGAUGGCUCCAUUUUCGACAGCUUUUUACAGACAAAGGAAAGCGAGUUGGUGGGAGCAUUCGGCCAUGGAAACAACUAUAUGUUGUUCUUCGAGGUCAUUCACUUUAUUUGUACAAGGAUAAAAAGGAACAAGUGACCCUCUCUGAGGAAGAACAACCUAUAAGCAUCAAUGCUUGCUUGAUAGACAUCUCGUACUGUGAAACCAAGAGGAAAAAUGUAUUUAGACUCACCACUUCAGACCGCGAGUAUCUGUUUCAAGCUGAGGACAGAGAUAAUAUGUUAGCAUGGAUUAAAGCAAUACAAGACAACAGCAACUUAAAUGAUGAGGAUACUGGUGUUACUAGUAGAGAUCUAAUUAGUCGAAGGAUUAAAGAGUACAGUACAAUGAUGAGUUCUUCAAGCAGCAAAACAGAGCCAUCUCCCAAAACACCUCGCCAGAGUCUGAGUAUCAGACAGACUCUACUUGGAACUAAAGCAGAACAGAGGACUCAGACUCCACAUUCUCCUAAGGAUGAGACAGAAAGGAAGCUUCUCACUAAAGAUGAGACAAGCCCACCAAAAGACAAAGGGACAUGGAGAAGCAUUAUGAGGAAGACAUUUGAAAAGAAGCCCUCUGCUGUUGGAACAUUUGGUGUUAGACUAGAUGACUGCCCUCCAGCUCAUACCAACAAAUAUAUUCCACUGAUUGUUGAUAUAUGCUGCAAACUGGUUGAAGAAAGAGGUCUUGAGUACACAGGUAUUUACAGAGUGCCUGGAAAUAAUGCCGCCAUCUCAAGUAUGCAAGAAGAGCUCAACAAAGGAAUGACUGAUAUUGAUGUUCAUGAUGAUAAAUGGCGUGACCUGAACGUGAUCAGCAGUCUGCUGAAAUCCUUCUUCCGAAAGCUCCCAGAACCCCUCUUCACCAACGACAAAUAUGCAGAUUUUAUAGAUGCCAAUAGAAAAGAAGAUCCUGUUGAGCGUCUGAAAACACUGAAGAGACUGAUUCAUGAUCUACCUGAACACCAUUAUGAGACCCUCAAGUUCCUUUCUGCACACCUGAAGACAGUAGCAGAGAACUCAGAAAAGAACAAGAUGGAACCAAGAAACCUGGCAAUAGUAUUUGGUCCAACACUUGUGAGGACAUCUGAUGAUAACAUGACACACAUGGUUACCCACAUGCCAGACCAAUAUAAAAUUGUAGAAACACUCAUCCAAAAACAUGACUGGUUUUUCACAGAAGAUGAUGCUGAAGAACCUCUUACAGCAGUUCAGGAGGAAAACACUGUAGAAUCUCAGCCAGUGCCAAACAUAGAUCAUUUACUCACCAACAUUGGAAGAACGGGAGUAUCUCCUGGAGACGUAUCAGAUUCAGCUACUAGUGACUCAGCAAAAUCUAAGGGUUCUUGGGGUUCUGGAAAAGAUCAGUAUAGCAAGGAACUGCUUGUGUCCUCCAUUUUUGCAGCAGCUAGUCGCAAGCGGAAAAAAACUAAAGAGAAACCACAACCAAGUAGCUCAGAGGAUGAGUUGGAUAAUGUGUUUUUCAAGAAGGAGCUUGCAGAACAAUCUCGUGGUGACACAGCAAAAGAGAACACAGUUAAAGGGGAAUAUGAAAGAGAGAGAGAGAUAGGGAGAAAACAAAGGAUGUUUGUCCUGAAGGAAAAAGAGAACAGCAGUAAAAAAGAUAUGAAUGUUGUAAAGGAUGAAAAGAAGUCAUUAAAGAAAGAAAAUAUCCUGACAGAGGAACCUUCACUGCCUUACGAUGAAAAAUGUUCAAAAUCAUCAAAUAUCAACUGUCUGCAAAGCAUGCAGAAGAAUAACCCAAAAAUGCCUAUUUCACAAUCUUCUUCCCAGGUUGAGGAGACAGUGUCUGACUCUGGCACUAUGCUAAGCACUUCCUCCCAGGCUUCCCAGCACAGAUACUCGUGCAAAAAAGUAGCCAGCCCUGAAAUUAAACACAGUGAGUUUUUAGCAGCUGAUGUCAGCUCCAUCACCUCAGAUUACUCAACUACUUCAUCUACUAUGUAUCUGACUGGUUUAGAUGCCAGUAUGCUGAGCCCUGAGGUGCAGUCAGUGACAGAAAGCAAGGGAGAAGAUGCAGAUGAUGAAAGAAGUGAAUUGAUCAGCGAAGGGCGUCCUAUGGAGACGGACAGUGAAAGUGACUUCCCUGUCUUUGCCACCAGCGCUGCUGCCGAAAGGCUGUCCAAAGGGAAAGUUCCAGAAGUGGUAAAGACCAGUCGGAGGAACUCUGAAGAAAGUGAAGUAAGUUGUACUGAGGGAAGUUCCACGCCAAAGUUAGAGAGUCGCAGACUUUUUAGCUCGCACAAACUUAUUGAAUGUGAUACACUCUCCAGGAGAAAGUCUGCACGGCACAAAACGGACAGUGAGGGGUCAGGGGAUGCGAAGAGUGAGAAGGAUUUGCCUACUGUGACCAAAAUGUUUGACAUCAUGAAAAAAGGAAGAUCCACAAGCAGUUUAGCUACAUCGGCCAAAAGUGAGGCUGACAAACAAGAACCUACGUGGAGACUUAAGAUUACAGACAGGUUAAAGUUGCGACUCAAGUCAUCUGCUGAUGAUAUGUUUGGAGUUGGGAAUCAAAAAGCUAACUCCACAGAGACUGCAAAGAGAAAGAAUAUCAGGCGAAGGCACACACUUGGAGGGCAGAGGGAUUUUGCUGAAAUAAGUGUCCUGAAUGCUUGGAAAGCUCAAGAACCAAGUCAAAAUAGAGAGAGAGAAUCUGAGCUUUCAGCUGUGACUCGGUUGAAGCCAAAAUGUCCAGCCCAAGACCUCUCGAUCUCGGACUGGCUUGCACGAGAACGUUUACGCACUAGCACAACUGACCUUAAUACGGGUGAAACUGGAAAGCCCAGACUUGAGAACACUAACUUAGCAGAGGUAUCAAAGGUAGAACUGCCCUCAUCUGCAGAGAUGCAGGCAGAUGAAGGCAGCUCUUCCAGCAGCUUGACUUUAAUUAAUAGAACACCACCUUUGGGACCAUUUCAGCCACCAGACCAGGUAAAUGGUGAAAAUUACCAGAACAUGAACAAAAACAACUUCAGCCCAGCAGUUGAUGCCCAUCCUCAUAAACUGUCUGGGACCCAAGUGGUUAGAUCUCGAUUUUACCAGUAUCUUUGAAAUGGGAAGAUAUGUCCACUGCAGCAAUUCAUUAACUUACCCUCACACUUCCCAGUAACUCUGCGUGUGCGUGUGUGUGUGUGUGCGUGUGUGUGUGUACAUAUAUAAAUAUUUUUUUCCUGUACUGUUGUUGUUAUGCAGCCUUCAUUUGGGCUGGUUUCAUCAAUGUGCUCUGUGGAACGUCUUCACAGUGCAUUACCACAGCCAGAAGAACACUAAAGUUAAAGUAUAUAUAUAUAUUUUAAGAAAAAGUAUAUUUGAUGGCUGCAUACAAAUGUUGAACAAAGCAUCUGAUGCAACAUGCUGUGUAGUGUAUACAUGGUUUUCUGACUGAGAGUUGGCCUGGCAUUAGUAUGCAGGAAAAUUGUUCUUUUGGUUUAGUCACUAACAAGUGCCUCAUUAUAAAUUCAUUUGGUUUGUUAGGGUGCCAUAUUGCUAAAUUAGAGAAACUUAUUACAAACAAAUAAAUGCAUUUUACUGUUAAUGACUUUCAUUACAUUUUACAAAUGUUAACACAGGUGGCUACAGAGCUUCCAUUCCUUAGGCAUUCCAGUAAAUAUUGGAGUUUUAUAUUUCCAAUUUUAAUACAGAUUUUGAGUUUUAUGUGACUUGAAUUUCUAAUCUUUCUGUAAAAUAAGUAACUUAACUGUACAUAUUACAUGUGUAUCUUUUCUUCAGAUACCAGAUUUGAUAUAAAUGUUGUAACAUAGGCGUGUAGAUAGUGGAUACUGGAUGGAACUGGUUUCUUUUAUCGAGAAUAUAAUUCUGCAUGAAGACCUAAUGAAUCCAAACCUGUAUCAUGCCUGUGUGCAUACCCACUUAAACACUGGAAAUAAAAUUGUUUUGGUGA